GCAAGUGUGUCUAUAGUCUCUGCUUCCUCACUACAAAGAGGCUACACAGGACUAAUCGCCGAUCAUGAACAGCACAGAGGGCCCCGAUUUCUACAUCCCAAUGUCCAACGCUACUGGACUAGUCAGGAGCCCUCACGAGUAUCCACAGUACUACCUGGCAGAACCAUGGGUCUUCUCCUUCCUCACCAUCUACAUGUUUUUCCUCAUCCUUGUGGGUAUUCCUGUCAAUUUGUUCACACUCUGCGUCACGGUCCUGCACAAGAAUCUGCGCACGCCGAUCUACUACAUGGUGGUGAACAUGACAAUGGCUGACCUGAUUGUAAUCGUGGUCAGCUUUCCUUUCACCAUGCACGCAGCAAUGCACGGCUAUUUCGUCCGUGGAAUGGUGGGAUGCAACUUCGAAGGCUUCUUCACAGUCCAUGGUAUCCAGAUCUCAUUGUGGUCCUUGGUGGUCCUGUCCGUGGAGAGGUUCAUGGUGUCCUGUAGACCUGGGAUCGACAUUCGUUUCCGGCGCAGGUUUAUCGUUAAGGGAAUAGGCUUCAGCUGGCUUAUGGCUUUCAGCUGUUCUUUGCCUCCUCUCUUUGAGUGGUCGCGAUACAUCCCUGAGGGAUUGCAGUGCUCGUGCGGCGUUGAUUACUACACUCUAAAGCCUGAUAUCUACAACGAGUCCUUCAUCAACUACAUGUUCACCGUGCACUUCAUCAUCCCGUUGACCGUCAUCUCGCUGUGCUUCGGCCGACUGCUUUGCAUGGUUAAUAACGAUGCUAUUUCUAAAAACGAGCAAGAUGCCAGCUGCUUGACGGUCCUCUUGAUUCUAGGGUUCUUUAUCUGCUGGCUGCCGUAUGCUAGUUUUGGCUGGCACAUCUUCUCAAACCAAGGCAGUGCCUUCAGUCCUAUCGCCAUGACUCUGACCUCGUUCUUCGCCAAGAGUUCCGUGUUGUUUAUUCCCCUCAUUUGCAUUUGCAUGGACAAGCAGCUCCGUCAAUGCAUGGUCAUCACGCUGUGCCUAGGGAAGAACCCUUUUGAGGGCAAGGUUGGAGACUCUAAGACCUCAGAGUCCUCGUCCGGCUCUGCGGCUCCUGCAUGAGCAUUUCAAGAUUACAAAGAUUUUACAGAUCUAAAGAUUUUAACGAUUUAAAGUCCACUUUAAUUCCACACAGGUGCAGAUGCCUAAAACUUUCGUUGGAUAUCAAUCGACUUUUAUGUUCUUUUAUGUAUAUCAGCAGUUCUUAUCCUUUUCCGGGCCCAAGUUAAAGAAAAGAAUGACUUAACCACCCUUCCCACAUGUAGAAUGUUAGAUGGAUAAAGUUUAAUAUAAUACAACAAGAGUUUUGGAUUACUCACUAAGUGGAAAGGCUCGGCUUGGAUGGAGGAUCUGAGGCGGUCCAGUCGUGGCUGAGUAAGGCUGAAGAAAAGGCAUUACACUAUUUUCAACCAUAACUCCAGCUCUGUACUUGUUCUUGACUUGGUCCUGCUACGAUGUCUAUAAAUCCAUAAAAUUGCUAAGAUUAUGUGAUGUCUUGCAAGCAGCUGUUAACUCAUUCAAACUACAAGUUUUCCUGUGACCUGGCCCCCAGUUUCCGAAACUCUGAUCUAUCUGUUGGUUGUAUCUCAAAGGACAAAUUUGUUAAAAUGAAAAUACUUGUUACUUGUCACAUUACAGAGAGGUUGUAUUAUUAUUAUUAUUAUUAUUAUGUGUGUUGUUGACAUUGGAAAAGUCAAUCUAUACUAUUAUUGUCUUGACCCCUUGAGUCCAUAAUCGUUUAUAAUCCGUCUCCAAGGCCAUCUUGCAUAAGGACAUGAUGCUAAUCCGGACUAACAGAUCAGUCUGAAUGAACCUGAGACAAGAAGUUCAAAAUAAAUGACAAGCUC